CGCCCGGUUCCAGGCAAGGGUCUCCCGACUGGCGCGCCCGCGAGUCCUCACUCGGCUGCUGCUGGCCGGGCAGCGGCGUCGAGCGGGGGCGGUGGGGCGGGGCUCGCGGCCAUUGGCGGGCGGCGGGACGGGGGCGGGGGCGUGGAGGGUUGGUCCCGGGGCGCCGGGGGCCGGCCGCAGUCGUUGCCUUCAUCCACAGAGCCAGUGUCCAGCGCAGAGCCGCGCUAGCGAUGAGGGAGAUCGUGCACAUCCAGGCGGGCCAGUGCGGGAACCAGAUCGGCACCAAGUUUUGGGAAGUGAUCAGUGAUGAGCACGGCAUCGACCCUGCCGGAGGCUACGUGGGAGACUCGGCGCUGCAACUGGAGAGAAUCAACGUCUACUACAAUGAGUCAUCGUCUCAGAAAUAUGUGCCCAGGGCCGCCCUGGUGGACUUAGAGCCAGGCACCAUGGACAGCGUGCGCUCUGGGCCUUUCGGGCAGCUUUUCCGGCCUGACAACUUCAUCUUUGGCCAGACGGGCGCAGGGAACAACUGGGCGAAGGGGCACUACACGGAGGGCGCGGAGCUGGUGGACGCGGUGCUGGAUGUGGUGCGGAAAGAGUGCGAGCACUGCGACUGCCUGCAGGGCUUCCAGCUCACGCACUCGCUGGGCGGCGGCACGGGCUCGGGCAUGGGCACGCUGCUCAUCAGCAAGAUUCGCGAGGAGUUCCCAGACCGCAUCAUGAACACCUUCAGCGUCAUGCCCUCGCCCAAGGUGUCGGACACGGUGGUGGAGCCCUACAAUGCCACGCUGUCGGUGCACCAGCUGGUGGAGAAUACCGAUGAGACCUACUGCAUCGAUAACGAGGCGCUCUAUGACAUCUGCUUCCGCACCCUCAAGCUGACCACGCCCACCUACGGGGACCUCAACCAUCUAGUGUCAGCCACCAUGAGCGGGGUCACCACCUCGCUGCGCUUCCCAGGCCAGCUCAACGCCGACCUGCGCAAGCUGGCAGUGAACAUGGUGCCCUUCCCACGCCUGCACUUCUUCAUGCCCGGCUUCGCGCCACUUACCAGCCGCGGCAGCCAGCAGUACCGGGCCCUGACCGUGCCCGAGCUCACCCAGCAGAUGUUCGACGCCAGGAACAUGAUGGCCGCCUGCGACCCCCGCCAUGGCCGCUACCUGACCGUGGCCACCGUGUUCCGCGGCCCCAUGUCCAUGAAGGAGGUGGACGAGCAGAUGCUGGCCAUCCAGAGUAAGAACAGCAGCUACUUCGUGGAGUGGAUCCCCAACAACGUGAAGGUGGCCGUGUGCGACAUCCCGCCUCGCGGCCUGAAGAUGGCCUCAACGUUCAUCGGCAACAGCACAGCUAUCCAGGAGCUGUUCAAGCGCAUCUCCGAGCAAUUCUCAGCCAUGUUCCGGCGCAAGGCCUUCCUGCACUGGUUCACGGGCGAGGGCAUGGACGAGAUGGAGUUCACCGAGGCCGAGAGCAACAUGAACGACCUGGUGUCCGAGUACCAGCAGUACCAGGAUGCCACCAUCAACGAUGGGGAGGAAGCUUUUGAGGAUGAAGAAGAGGAGAUGGAUGGAUAGGUGGAAUAGAGGAGCCGCCCCAGCUCAGAUCCUACAAUAGGCAAGUUCCUUCUUGAACCCUGGUGCCUUCUACCCCAUGACCCUGAAUGGUGCACUAGCCUAGGUGUGUUGGUGUUGGUCCCUCACAAAUGCAGCCAAGUCACGUAAUCAGUCAUCUGGAACAAAGACAAUACUUUAAAACAGCAGAGAAUUGUGGGUUCUACCCAGUCAGAAGAUAACACUAUGGAGAUUUUCUACUAGAGGAUUUGAAAGAGAACUGAGGGGCCACAAAAUAAACUUUCACCUUUCAUUAAGUGUUCAAGUGUGUCUGAGAAUUAGCAGGGGAGUUAGAAACAGUCAUUUUCAUCCUUUGCAAUGAAGCCUGAAGGUGUGCUGUGUUGCCUUAUAUCAAUAUGCAGUAUGAGACUUUGAAAUAAUUGAUUCAUAAUAAAAUACUAAAUGUGUGUCUUCA